UAUAAUCACUCUUAUUCUCCUCGGUCUUCACUGCUUUGUCACAGAGUGCACUCCAGUAGCUCUAGCUUCAUCGCUGAACUUGCGUAUCUUCCGCACAUUGUUCAGAGAGAGAGAGAUGGUGGGUUCAAGAAAAUCCCUACUAGCCACCGUGCUCACCGUCAUUCUCAUCCUGCUCUCGGCCGCCGCCGGGCCGUCGACAGCCAGAGAGCUCCGGCCAGCAGAUCACGGCCUGGAGUACCAGAGCUCGCCGCCCUCAGGAGUGAACCCGUCGCCGGACAUGACCUCAUUCUUCGGGACAUCAGCAUCAGCAUUGCCUCCUCCACCGCCAUCCUCGUCCUCACCCUACGCUCCGGCCACGGACACCGCGAUGACGGGGCCGAUGGAGUCGAGCGGCUCCUGGCAGCCGCAUCACAGCAGCGGCGGCGGCGGCGGCGGGGGGAGGGAUCGCGUGAGGGACGUGCUGGUGGUGGCGAGCAUAGCGUGUGGGGCCGCCGGGGUGGUUCUGAUGGGGGCAUCGGCUUUUCUUUUCCUCUUCCGGUUCAAAAGGGAAAGAGCCCGAACGGAACCUCAGUCAACAAGUCAACAAGAAAAAUAAUAUUCCAAAGUAACUGUUUUUUUUUUCACUGCUUGCUUUCUCUUUUUUAUUUUUUUCUUUCUUUCUUUCGCUUUUUCCAAUUUUUCUCGCUUUUUAUUGCAUGUCGUGUAAAUCGAAGAGAGGGGGUUUUAUGAUUUAUAUAAGUAUGCUAAAAUU